AUGGAGAACGAGGGGAAGCUCAUCAAUAAAGGCGAGGAAGAGGAGAUGGAGAUCUACGGUUACAACCUCUGCCGGUGGAAGUUGGCCUUGGUCGCCGCAGGGGUGCUUUGCUCUGGCGGUUUCCUUCUCCUCCUCCUCUACUGGAUGCCCGAAUGGUGUGUGAAAGCGAUGUGCAGGAGGGCCCCUCUCCGGGGCUGCCAGGUGGUGCUUCUGAGGACCACGGACGAAUUCCACAGCUGGUUUUGCGCAAAGGUUCGCGUUGUGCUUUCUCUGGGAUCCAGUCCGCUGCAGACUCCGGCGUUCAUGGCCGAGGCGAUGACCAACGGCAUCAGUGACCGUUUACAUGCAGAGGCCACUGAAGAGAAGGAUCGGCACAGAUUCUCCCAGGGUCACCUACAGGAGAUCCGGCAUUUCACCCACCACAGCGUGAAGUACUUCUGGAACGAGGGGGUGCAAAACUUCAGCUCCAUAAAGGGCCUGGACGAAUCCGUUUCCUGUUCUUCCAUCCAUCGUGAGCACAGUGCUGGUCUAGCAAAAGGGAUCCGUGAUUACAGGAGAUUAUUCUACGGAGUCAAUGAGAUUGCCGUGAAGGUGCCUUCCGUUUUUAAACUUUUGAUUAAGGAGGUUCUCAAUCCGUUUUACAUUUUCCAGCUAUUCAGUGUGAUCCUGUGGAGCACUGACGAGUACUACUACUAUGCGCUGGCCAUUGUGAUCAUGUCUCUGGUGUCUGUUGCGAGCUCCUUGUACACCAUCCGCAAGCAAUACAUGAUGCUCCACGACAUGGUGGUGGCGCACAGCGUCGUGAGGGUGUCGGUCAGCACAGCAGAUCAAGGCAUAGAAGAGAUCCUGUCUACGGACCUCGUGCCUGGAGACGUCAUCGUGAUCCCCUUGAAUGGGAUGAUCAUGCCGUGUGACGCGGUGCUGGUCAGCGGCACUUGCAUUGUCAACGAGAGCAUGCUGACAGGCGAGAGCGUCCCCGUCACCAAGACCAACCUCCCGAAUCCCAGCGAGGACCCCAAAGCCCUGGAGGCCGAAGCCUACAGCCCAGAGGGGCACCGGCGGCACACCCUCUUCUGUGGCACCACCGUCAUCCAGACCCGCUUCUACACGGCAGAGUUGGUCAAGGCUGUCGUGGUCCGGACGGGCUUCAGCACGUCGAAGGGGCAGCUGGUGCGUUCCAUCUUGUACCCAAAGCCGACCGAUUUUAAGCUCUACAGGGAUGCCUACAUGUUCUUGCUCUUUCUUGUUGGGGUGGCCGGUGUUGGAUUUCUGUAUACGGUUGUCAACAGCAUUCUUCAUAAGGUUCCUGCUGGCAUCAUCAUCAUUGAGUCUCUUGACAUCAUCACCAUCACCGUCCCCCCCGCACUGCCCGCUGCAAUGACUGCUGGGAUUGUUUAUGCACAGAGGCGACUGAAGAAGGUCGGCAUCUUCUGCAUCAGCCCGCAAAGGAUCAACAUCUGCGGCCAGCUGAAUCUCGUCUGCUUCGACAAGACAGGCACUCUGACUGAAGAUGGCCUCGAUCUUUGGGGGAUCCAGAGAGUGGAAAACGCUCGCUUCCUUUUGCCAGAGGAAAACGCAUUCAGCAAGCUGCUGGUCAAGUCUCCCUUUGUGGCCUGCAUGGCCGCCUGCCACUCCCUCACCAAGAUCGAAGGCGUGAUCUCUGGGGACCCCCUGGAUCUGAAGAUGUUCGAAGCUACCGGCUGGAUUCUUGAAGAGGCGACCGAGGAGGAAACCGCCCUUCACAACCGUAUUAUGCCCACUGUGGUCCGGCCACCCAAGCAGCUUCUUCCAGAGCCCCAGCCAGCAGCCAACAAGGACCUGGAGCUGUUUGAACUUCCGGCCACUUACGAGAUUGGGAUAGUGCGGCAGUUCCCGUUUUCAUCUGCACUUCAGCGGAUGUGCGUGGUGGCCAGAGCCCUUGGGCAAAAGAAGAUGGAUGCCUAUGUGAAGGGGGCGCCCGAGGUGGUAGCUGGCUUGUGCAAGCCGGAGACAGUGCCUGUUGACUUUGAGCGGGUGUUGGAAGAGUACACGAAGCAGGGGCUGCGGGUCAUCGCCGUCGCACACCGGCGGUUGGAGUCCAGGCUGACUUGGCACAGAGUGCAGAACGUGGGGCGAGAGGCAAUCGAGGCCAAUAUGGAUUUCUUGGGCUUAAUUAUAAUGCAGAAUAAACUCAAGCAAGAAACUCCGGUGGUGCUUGAAGACCUGCAUAAAGCCAAUAUCCGCACCGUCAUGGUGACAGGCGACAACCUGCUGACGGCCAUCUCCGUGGCUCGGGACUGCGGCAUGAUUCAGCCGCCAGACAAGGUGAUCGUUGCAGAAGCGCUUGUUCCGAAGGACGGGCAGCCUGCCAGGAUCAUAUGGCACUACGCGGACAUGCUCAGCAAGGGCACCGAUCCCUCGCCAGCCAUUCAUCCGGAGGAGAUCCCUAUCAAACUGGCCCCGGAAAACCUGGAGGACCUCCUCCCCGUGACCAAGUACCAUUUUGCGAUGAGUGGGAAGUCCUUCGCGGUCAUCCAGGAGCACUUUCAGGAUCUGCUGCCAAAGCUUGUGCUGCAUGGCACCGUCUUUGCCCGCAUGGCGCCAGAUCAGAAGACCCAGCUGGUGGAAGCGCUGCAGAACGUUGACUACUACGUGGGCAUGUGUGGCGACGGGGCGAACGACUGCGGGGCACUGAAGAGGGCCCACGGCGGCAUUUCCUUGUCUGAGCUGGAGGCUUCCGUGGCAUCGCCGUUCACCUCCAGGACCCCCAGCAUCUCCUGCGUGCCAAAUCUGAUCAGGGAAGGCCGGGCAGCUCUGAUAACAUCCUUCUGCGUGUUUAAAUUCAUGGCCCUGUACAGCAUCAUCCAGUACGUGUCUGUCACCCUCCUGUACUCGAUGCUGAGCAACUUGGGAGAUCUCCAGUUCCUCUUCAUCGAUCUGGCCAUCAUUCUGGUGGUGGUCUUCACCAUGAGCCUGAAUCCGGCUUGGAAGGAGCUGGUUGCCCAGCGGCCCCCCGCCGGCCUCAUCUCCGGGCCCCUGCUGUGCUCCGUCCUCACCCAGAUCCUCAUCUGCCUCGGCUUCCAGGCCCUGGGCUUCCUCUGGGUCAGGCAGCAGCCCUGGUACGAGCCGUGGACCCCGCACUCGGACGCUUGCCGCUUGCCCGGGGCCCCGGAGGCCAACGCUUCUACGCAUGGGAACGGGACGCUUCACGACGAGCACAACAUCCGCAACUACGAGAACACCACCCUCUUCUUCAUCUCCAGCUUCCAGUACCUCACCGUGGCCGUCGCGUUCUCCAAAGGGAAGCCCUUCCGGCAGCCCUGCCACAAGAACUAUCUCUUUGUCCUGUCGGUGAUGGUUCUGUAUGCCUUCAUGCUUUUCAUCAUGCUGCAUCCAGUCAGGGCCAUUGACUGGGCCCUGGAGCUGGUGUGCGUGCCCUUCCCGUGGCGAGUGGCGAUGCUCAUCAUUGUGCUCCUCAACGGCGCGGUGUCCGUCCUGGUGGAGAAUGCCCUGCUUGACAUGCUGCUCUGGAAAGUCCUCUUCCGCCAGGACAAGCAAGGGGAUUCCCACCCGCCCUCCUCCCACCCACCACAGGAGGCACUGGACCGCUGGCAGAGGUGCCGCCUCCCUGCUCUGCUGGGCUUUCGCAAGGCGCCCCCCAAGGCCAAGUACGCCCACCUGGCCCAGGAGCUGCGGGUGGACCCCGACUGGCCGCCCAAGCCCAGCACCACCACCGAAGCCAAAGCCCCGCCCCUCCGGAACGGCUCCUGCCGCAUCGUCACCGUCACGUAG